AGAAAUCCACACGAAAGAUAGAAACAAAGAAAAUUAUGUUUAACAAUAGAACCGAGUCACAGCGAAUUCGAAACCGAUCUGACGCAAACGAAUCAAUGGAAGGAGUGGGGGCUCGAUUCGGGCGAUCCUCUACUCGGUACGGACCCGCCACGGUGUUCACUGGACCGGUCAGGAAAUGGAAGAAGAAAUGGGUCCACGUUUCCCCCUCUAACACCGGCAGCAGCAACACCAGUAAUCACUCUUCCAAUAAUAAUAAUACUAAUAAUCACCACAGCCCCAACGGUACUUCUAACGGUAAAAACGUCUCUCAUCUCCUCCUUUUUAAAUGGACCCCUUUAUCACAAAGCCAAAACAACACCAGUAGCAACAACGAUUCUUCCAAGGACGAUGAUGUGGCGGCGCCCCAGGAGCCUCCGAGGCGGAAAUUUAAAUACAUUCCGAUUGCUGUGCUAGAAGAACAGAAAAAUGAAGCUGCUGAAAACAUUGACGAUGAAGCUAAACCGAGGGAGGAUGACCCUAGUGCUGCAGAGCCAGCUUCCAGGAAUGAUGGUUUUGACGAAAAACCUGACAUCAAUGACGCACCUAUGGACGAAAGUCAGGAGGAUACUAAAAUAGUGCGGCAAGAUCUGAACGAAAGCGCUUUGGAUUUGAGUUUGGGUUGAAUGGAACAUAUGGUGAGUCUAGUUCGAAAACAGAUCGCAAUGGACAGUUGGAAAGAGUGAUAUCGAGUAGCGGCUUGCGUGUCGUUUCAGCAAAUAGAUGGAGAUGAUAACUAGACAUUAGCCUCCUCAUUUACAGACUUUUCUUGAGAUUCAAUUUUCCCUUCGGCCUUCCAACUUGCAGUCCUUUGUCUUUAAGUUAGAGAACAUUGAAAUGGCUUGUCUUUCUACUUUUAGUUCCACACUGCAUUUGUGAGCUGAUUGCAACUUGUAUUGAUUGAGAACAGAAUAUACUGUUUGUUGUUUCCCCUGUGGAC